AUGUAUAGCUUUGAUAAUGCCGAAUGUUCUGGUGAUGUUCCAUCAUUGAUAAGUAGCCCCUCUGGUGGCUGUAUCGGAAAUGUCCGUUUUAUGUGCGAUUCUCAAUACACGAUCGAGGAGUUCUACUAUCUCAAUGAUUGUUUGCUGAAGCACAACGCCUAUAAAUUCGCGAAUGAAAACUGUUCGAAUUCACAAACCUUCAAUUGCACUACAAUCGAUGGCAUUGCGAUCCCAUCGAAUUCCUUUGUGACAGAGAUCUACGCUGGCCGUGUAGAGGGUUGCUCCAACGACCAGGAUGAUAUCCUUCAAUUCCAAUCGGCGCCACUCGGUGUCUGUGUCGGUGGUGACACUAUUUACACCUGUAAUUCCUAUGGUGUCACUGUCCAGUCAUACGCUGCCGCUAGCAACUGUCAAGGUCAAUACGAUACAUCGUUAACACCACUUGGAUGUUCUCAUGGUAAUUCAAUGAUGAAAAACUAUUUAAAUGUUUAUUGUACCAAUUAA